UUUGUAUAAAAAUCUUGCCGACAGAUGCCCUUGCUGUUAGUUCACCGAGCGAACAUAUUGUGCGUGUAGUUUGUGUGACAUGGCUACAAGUAAUACAGAAGAAAUUGAGGAAGUCGAGAGGAAGGAACCAGAAGUAGUAAACUUCGAUGAAUUCCCGCCGGAGGUUUUAAUUAAACAUCCACUUCAACAUACAUGGACUCUUUGGUAUUAUGAACCAGACAGAAAUAAAUCAUGGGAAGAAAGUCAAAGAAAAAUUACAAGCUUUGAUACAGCUGAAGAUUUUUGGAGUUUAUACAAUCAUAUAAAGGCAGCAUCAGAAUUAAGACAAGGUUGUGACUAUAGUAUGUUCAAACAAGGAAUCAGACCCAUGUGGGAAGAUGAUGCUAAUAAAUGUGGUGGAAGGUGGCUUAUAAAUUUAGAUAAAAAGCAAAGAAAUACAGAUCUAGAUCACUUUUGGCUAGAAACACUUUUAUGUAUGAUUGGUGAGGCAUUUAAUGGAUAUUCAGAUGAUAUUUGUGGGGCUGUUGUAAAUAUAAGGCCAAAAGGAGAUAAAAUUGGUGUAUGGACUGCAAAUGCCAAUAAUGAAGAUAGCGUUAUAGAAAUUGGACGCAAAUUAAGAGAAAGAUUAAAAAUUGCAUCAAAAGUUACUAUAGGCUAUCAAAUACAUAAAGAUGUUAUAGUUAAAGUAGGGAGUCAAACAAAAAAUGCCUAUGUUGUUUAAAUCCUAUUAAUAUCAUGUUAUUAUCACUAUUCAUUAAAAUUUUCUCAAAUAACAUUACACAUAUAUUAUUAAUAUGGAUAUUAUGCAAAAUUUAGAUUAUUAAACCAAAUAAAUAAAAGGAAAAUUUAAUGAAGAAUGUUUAAAAUCCACAUUUUAUCAUAACUAAAUAUUUUCUUAGUAAAAUCUUCAAUCAAUAGCUACUAAAUAUGUAUAUUGGGAUAGAUGUAUAUUAUUGAUAUAAAAUUUAUAUCAGUAUAAUGUAUAAUUUAAAAAUAGAUUAUAAACAAUAUAUGGGCUGCUGUAUUUUUUAAGAUAUAGCAUACAUCAAUUACAGUUAAUAUGCCAACAUUUGAAUAGUUUUUCUAUGUACAUCUUCUUCAAUGUUACUUAUAUGGACAACAAAGACUGCUGUAAUAAGAUUUUUGAAAAAACCUACAUAUUAGGUUGCCUUUUGUAAGUGGUGAUCCAAAAUACAGCAACCUAUCUCACUUUAAGAUAGCAUAGUAAUAUUUAAUAAUAUUCUCUUAUUUGAAAAAUCAUUAUGUCCAAGUUUUUCUUACAAAUAUAUCAAAAACAUAAAUUA